AUGUCGCUUCAACAAGAGGAUGUUAUUCGAUCCACCAUUAAUUUUCCGCCGAAUGUAUGGGGAGAUGAGUUUUUGGCCUAUGAACAGCAAGAAUAUGAAGAAGGGAUAGAAAAAGAAGUUGGCGUCUUGAAAGAAGAAGUGAAGAAAGAAAUAUUGGCAAGUUUGAAUGACCAGAUAGAACAUUUGAAUUUGCUAAAACUGGUUGAUGCGAUCCAACGCCUUGGAAUUGCAUAUUAUUUUGAAAAAGAGAUUAAUCAAGCCUUGCAACAAGUCUUUGAUGCAUAUGGUGAUCAUAACUGGAAUGGUGUGGGUACUUCCUUGUGGUUUCGACUCAUGCGACAACAAGGCUUCUUCGUCUCAAGUGAUACUUUCAAGACAUACAAGGAUAAAGAUGGAUGUUUUAAUGAGUCCUUAAAGAAUGAUCUGCAAGGUUUACUUCAUUUGUAUGAGGCAACGUAUCUGAGAAUGCCUGGUGAGGUCAUUCUUGAUGAUGCUCUUGAUUUUUCAAGAAAAUGUCUUGUUGACAUAGCAAGGAAUCAUCUUUUGAGCGACCCUGUUGUUUCUGCUGAAAUACAUGAAGCACUAAAGCAACCUUUACUUAAAAGGUUGCCAAGAAUCGAGGCGCUACGUUACAUACCUUUCUACGAACGUGAGACCUUUCAUAAUCAUUCGUUACUAAAACUUGCCAAGUUGGGGUUUAACCUGCUUCAAUCUCUCCAUAAAAAGGAGAUUUUCCAAAUAUCCAAGUGGUGGAAACGCUACGAUGUCCCAACCAAUAUACCGUAUGCAAGAGAUAGAUUGGUUGAAUGCUACUUAUGGUCGACAUUAGGGGUCUACACUGACCCUCAAUAUUCUGUAGGUAGAAUGUGGGUAGCUAGAGCUUUUGCAUUAUUAACACUUAUAGAUGACACCUAUGAUGCCUACGGUACAUAUGAUGAACUUGUGAUCUUUACAGAAGCUAUUGAGAGGUGGUCAAUUACAUGUGUGGACGGCCUACCAGAAUACAUGAAACUUAUAUACCAAAUGCUCAUGCAUCUUGACGAAGAAAUGAAGGAAUUCUUGGUAGGAAUGGGAAAAGUCCAUCAACAUAAAUAUGUCAAAGAAACAAUGAAAGAAUACAUUAGAAGCUACAUGAUGGAAGCAAAAUGGAAGCAUGAAAGCUACAUUCCAACAAUGGAGGAACACGCAGAAGUUACAUAUAUCAGUACCGGAUAUAAAUUUGUUCUUGCGGCAAGCUUUGCUGCCCAGGAUGAUGUAAUAGCUGAUGAGACAUUCCAAUGGCUUUUCAGCUAUCCUCCUAUUGUAAAAGCUUCUUGUGGGAUUUGCAGGUUGAUGGAUGAUAUUGUCACCCACAAGAAGGAGCAAGAAAGAAAGCAUGUUGCCUCUGUCAUCGAAUGCUAUAUGAAGCAAUUUGAUGCUACUACUGAGCAAUAUUUAUAUGGUCUCUUUAGUGAGAAAGUUGAAGAUGCUUGGAAAGAAAUAAAUAAAGAGUCCAUAAUGUGUAAAGAUGUUAAAAUGCCAAUAAAUAGGCGGGUUGCGAAUUUAGGACGUGUCAUGGAUCUCUUGUACAAGGAUAAAGACCAUUUCACAUACGUUGGAGAUGAACUCAUAAAUCUUGUGAAGUCACUUUUUGUUAAUGCUAUCAUCAUAUGAGUUCCAAUA